AUGACCCCGUUCGUCCUGGCACUGGUAGUCGUCCUAGCGCUUGACUUCGCGAGCUUUGGGGCGUCGGUUUCGCUCCCGUCGUUUGGGUUCUUGAAAACCCGAGAGCUCGUGCGCGGAGCAGCAAUGACAGGCGCUCUGUCCACGGCCAAAGGUAUCGCAUCGAAGUUCGAGGCGACCAACUCAUCGCGUACUGUGCGAAUCCACCGCAACCGUCACGUCAGGGGCCACGGGGGAUUUCUCGACAGCGACGAUGCUACGACAGGGCCGGUCGGCAAUAGCGACUCUUCGGACAGCAGUGUCUCGUCCGACAGCAUCGAAGCCAAACGUCAGACGCUCCAGCGCAGUGACAACGACAGCAGCGACUCGUCCGACAGUAGCACCUCGUCCGACAGCAGCGACUCUUCAGACAGCCGCCGCCCGCAGCACGGCGGCUUUGCCUUUGGGAACGCGUUCAGCGUAACGAGCACCACGACGUCGACGCACACCAACUGGAUUGGCAAAUUCCUCCGGCCGACAAGCGCCACCGCGUGCUACCGAAAAGUUCACAUUGCCAAGACGUGUCCGCUGGGGUAUGACGGCAAGCUCGGAACGUGUUGGGCACAGUGCCCGCUGAGGCACCCGAUCGAGUGUGGGGUUGAGUGUAUCCGGCGAAACGACAAUUGUGCGCUUGAAGUCAUCACCAAAGUGUCGGGCGUAGCGCAAGCAGCUCUUUCGAUCGCCACGAAUGACGCGUACGGGAAGUUCAAGUUGAUGGCAGCGGGUAUCCAGCUGGCAUACAGGUGCAGCAAAGAGGUGAUGGGGUUGGUGAAGUCGCUGACCAAGUACGUGCGCACUGUGCGCGUGUCGGCCCCGCAAACAACGACCCAAAAGCUGCUGACAAUGAUGUAUCAAACCGACAAUGUCGUCUUUGAUAUUCCAGUGAUGAUUGCCUCGUGCACCGGGGUCACAGUGACUGAUACCGUCAAGUUCGCAGACCGGCUAGUGAACACGAUUAUGUUGACACUGAAAGAAAUCAUUUCCAAAGGCACCGCCAUUACUUCCAGUUGGUCUGCCUUCACGACUUUCAUGAAAAGCAUCGGCCUCGGAUGGGUAGUUCUUUCGCUGGGUAAGUCGGACAUUACGUCAUUGCGGAAGGCGUUGAAAUCCGAGUCGACCUGUGGCUUCGACCUGAAACGAAUGCUGGACCAAACGUGGAUCCUGGUGGCUGAGUUGCGUCGAAAGAACCCAAAGAUCUCGGAGGAUGACCUGCGUGUUGCACUGAGCGUGUCGACGCUUGCAUUAUAUGACAUCCCCACUGUGACGAACAACUGCAUGAAGGAAAUGAUUGACGAGUUCAACGAACCUGAAGCUUACGCCACCCGAGAUACGCUGCGCAAAGGCUUUGCGGGUAUCAUGGAAGACUUGAUCCAGUCCGGAACAAGUAGCAACGGCACCUUUUUUACAGCAAGUCAGUACGCGUACAGCAUUGCUGACAAGGUAGGAUCGUUUUACGCUGUUUGGGAAAAGAAGAACAUUGGCGGUGCGAUGUUCGAGUUCUUCCAGCCAAUCUGCGGCCCCACUGAGUUUGUCGGUGAAAUCGACGACGGCUCUGCUGAAGAAGCACUGGGGUUGAAGACUGUCGGUAAGGCUUUUGAGAAGAGCGGUGGGCGCUGGACCAAAAUUGGUGAUGGGUCUGUCACUAUCACGUUCCAGAGCUUUGACGCCAAGGACGUCACUGUCAACAUCAAAUCUGCAGGCGACAAAAUUAAAGAAGUGAGGGUUAAGGCGGGUCAGAACGUCACAUGGAGUUCAACCGUAAAAGCUUUGGAAGGGAAGACGCUUUAUUUAGACCGGUGGCGCCCUGGGAUUUUGGGUCUUCCUGGAGUAGACGAGGGCUCCUUGUUGCUGUGGGUACCUCGCUCAAGACAAGGGGGCAACUUACAGCUUCUCGCGAGGCUUAACGAGAGUUGA